GAGAACCUCCAGUGUGGGAUACGGAACGCAGUCGGAAAGUCGUCAGAAAACAAGUAGCCAACCUUGUUCUUUUAGCACUUGAAAAUCCAUCCACUACAAAAACUAUCCUCCACUUUGGCAGAUAGUUCUAACUGCAAGAAAAAUAAGAUUUCAUCAUGAGUCUCACCGCAGAGGAGAAAACCGCUGUUCAAGAUACUUGGGGAGUGGUCGCUAAAGAUUUAAAAGGAAACUCCAUCAAAGUAUUUCUCCACUUCUUCACCAUGUUUCCGGAAUACCAAAAGCUGUUCAGAGGGUUUGCUGACACGCCAAUGGAUCAAUUGCCGGAAAACAGGAGAUUUAAAGCCCAUGCGUUCACCGUAGUGUCCGCAAUUAAUGGGCUGAUUGACAAUCUUGAUGAUCCAGAAAUGCUUUGUGAACUAUUAGUGAAAACUGGACAGAAUCACGCCAAACGGUCAAUAAAAAUUGGGGACUUCAAGAAUCUCAAUGACUGUCUAAUGGAUCUCUUCUCCAAAAUAUUUGGAGAAGCUUGGACCCCAGUGGCAAAAAGUGGAUGGUCAAAGGUGUUCAGUGUCGUCCUUGAGAAGGUCGCUGAAGGUCUCAAAUUGAACGAGUAGAGGGCAAAGUUUUGAGACUUUGGUUUGUUCACAAAGUAAUUUUUAUCCAGUUAAUCAAAGUGAAAUUUAAAUUGUAUCAGCCAAUUAUCCAUAUGAAAACUUUACCUCAUUAUCACGUAGCUUUUUAAGCAAUGCAAAAUUGUAUUUUUCAUUGACUUUUGUCCAACCUUUAAAAACCUUGUUCAAAUUUAUUUUACAAUGUGUACACUUUAUUAAAUAAAAAUCUUUUUAUUUUUAA